AUAGGAUCCCGGAAGUGUUCGCGUAGCUUGGUGUAAUCGACCCCGUUCGCGUCUAGUCCACCGAGCUCUCUGGGAGACGUAGUCCAGGGAGAAACUCUUUUCACAGGUAUGCAGGUGCAGUGGUUUCCCCACGGAUAGAUAGGAGACAAGUAGAAGCCCUGGCUUCCAGACCUCCAGCUGAUGUCAAACUGCGUUCUACUGUGAAUGAUGGCCAAAUCCACACUAAGAGGCGAUGGGGGAAACUCUGAGACCUUCCGACAGCGUUUCAGGAAAUUCCAUUACCAGGAGGUGGCUGGGCCCCGAGAAGCUUUCAGUCAACUCUGGGAACUUUGCUGUAGAUGGUUAAGGCCAGAGGUUCGCACCAAGGAGCAAAUACUAGAGAUACUAGUACUGGAGCAAUUCCUAACUGUCCUACCUGGGGAGAUUCAGACCUGGGUACAGGAGCAAUGUCCAGAGAGUGGAGAGGAGGCUGUAACCCUGGUGGAAGAUUUGGAGAGAGAACCCAAAAGACCAGAGUGCCUGGUCACUGUCCCUGUGAAAGGACAGGAAGUUCGACCAGAGAAGAUGGCACCUCUGAGAUCACCUCUGGAGUUACUAAGUGUCCAGCAGGAAGCAGGGGAGUCCCAGCCCAAGGUUGUGUCCAAGAAAGAAUGGGCAGGUUGCUCAGAACUAGGACCACAGGAACAAUUUAACCUAAAAGAAAAGCUCAGACCUCAUCCAACGACUGGAUUUCCUUUUCCCAAAUCUGGUAUGGUUUCUGAGGUGGAGCGAGGAGAACCAUGGGUCUCAGAUCUUCUGGGCUCCAAGGAGAGGGAAAUCUCAAGAGGCAGUCACACAGGUGACAAACGAAUGCACUCUGAUUUUAUGCCAUCAAGGAAGGAAAGAAAACACUGGGGAGACCAGGAGCAGUGGGGCUUUGAGGAUGAAAAGGUAGCUGGUGUGCACUGGGGGUAUGAAGAAACCAGGACUCUACUUGCAAUUUUAAGUCAGACUGAGUUUUAUGAAGCCCUCCGGAACUGCCACCGUAAUAGCCAAGUGUAUGGAGCUGUUGCUGAGCGACUUCGGGAGUAUGGCUUUCUCCGAACACUUGAACAAUGUCGGACCAAAUUUAAAGGCCUCCAGAAAAGUUACCGUAAAGUCAAGAGCGGCCAUCCACCUGAGACCUGUCCCUUCUUUGAAGAGAUGGAAGCCUUGAUGAGUGCCCGAGUCAUUGCUCUACCCACCAAUGGCCUGGAGGAGGAGGCAGCACCUCGACCCAGCCGGGCGGCCAGUGAUGCUGAACUGGAAGAGCAAGAGCAGGGAGGCUGGCGGCAAGAGGAAGCAGCAGACGAGGCUGUGGCUGAAGAUUCCGAUGGGGAUGAAAUGGGUAUUGAAACAGCCCCCCAGGAGCCUGGGAGCCCCAAUGCGCCAGUCCUUUUCCGAAGCCCAAGUGGUGUACACUGGGGCUAUGAAGAGACCAAGACUUAUCUUGCAAUUCUCAGUGAGACUCAGUUUUAUGAAGCACUCCGGAACUGUCAUCGUAAUAGCCAAUUAUAUGGGGCAGUGGCUGAGCGGUUAUGGGAAUAUGGUUUCCUAAGGACACCAGAACAGUGUCGGACUAAAUUUAAAAGCCUCCAGACCAGCUAUCGGAAAGUCAAAAGUGGCCAUGCCCCUGAGACCUGCCCCUUCUUUGAGGAGAUGGAUGCCUUGGUGAGUGCUCGGGUUGCUGUCCCACCUAAUGAUGAUCUGGAGGAGGAAGCAGCACCUCGCCCUGUCUUGGGGGCCAGUGAUGGUGAAGUAGAAGAGCAAGACCAGGAAGGCUGGCAGCAGGGAGAGGCAGCUGAGGAGGCCUCAGCCACAGCAGAAGACUCUGAGGGUGAGGAAGGGAGCGCUGAGGAGGCACCUCGGAGUUCUAGGAGCCCUGGUGCUCCAGUACUGUUUCAAAGUCCAAGGGGUUUUGAGGCUGGAUUUGAGAACAAGCAGAACGCAAAACGGGAUAUUUCUGAGGAAGUAGAACUGCACCGGACAUUACUUGCAAGGUCUGAAAGGAAAAUUCCCCAUCAUUUUAAUCAGGGAAAAGAUGAUGACAGUGACUGCAGGACAGGAAGGCAAUGGACAAAGCCCCCAGUGGAAAAAAGAGGAAAACUGACACCUCCAGAAAAGGGCUUAGGAAAAAUCCUAAGUCAUCAAAAACCUUACUUGGGCGAGAGACCCUAUAAAUACCUUAGAUAUGGAAAGAGCUUUGGUCCAAAUUCACACCUUUUCAUGCAUCAGAUACCCCACCAGGUAGAGAAUCCAUAUAAAUGUGGAGACUGUGGGAAAAGUUUCAGUCGAAGUGCACGCCUCAUUAGACAUCGGAGGAUACACACUGGUGAAAAGCCUUAUAAGUGUCUUGACUGUGGGAAAAGUUUCCGUGACAGUUCAAAUUUCAUCACUCAUAGGAGGAUUCACACAGGAGAGAAACCCUAUCAGUGUGGUGAGUGUGGAAAACGAUUCAAUCAGAGUUCAAGCCUUAUCAUACAUCAGAGAACCCACACUGGAGAAAAACCUUAUCAAUGUGAACAGUGUGGGAAAAGCUUCAAUAAUAGCUCUCAUUUUAGUGCACACAGGCGAAUCCACACAGGCGAAAGACCCCAUGUGUGUCCUGAUUGUGGGAAAAGCUUCAGUAAAAGCUCUGACUUACGGGCACAUCACAGAACCCACACAGGAGAAAAACCCUAUGGAUGUCACGAAUGUGGAAAAUGUUUCAGCAAAAGUUCAGCCCUUAAUAAACACCGAGAAAUCCACACAAGAGAAAAGCUUUUAUCACAGUCGGAACCUAAGUAAAAACCUGAGAAUCUACAAAGAGGCUUUAUAAGUGUAUUACUUGGGAAAACGUCUUCUAAUAGAGAUCCCAUCUCCAAUGCCCACCUGGCUUAGGAAAUCACCUUUAAGAUUUACCCCAUUAUGGUGCUCCUUAUCAGUCUUCUGAGUCUAAAGCCACAAUGCCAAGGCAAUAAGAUCUAAGGAACAAAGGCCAGAUUUAGAUAUCAUCCUAGCUCUGCUUCUGACUUGACAAAGUUCCUUGCCCCCUCUCAGUGCCUAUGUCAUUCCUUCAAGAAAAGGAGAUGAUCCUGUGAGUUAAAGUUAUCCCUGUCAUUGAUCAUCCCGUCGUUUUACUACAUUUUUGACUGGAAACAUUUUAGCACCACAAGGGAAAGAUGUUAUGGAUUUAAUCUCAUGAUUCCAGGUUUACUCCCCCCAGAAAACAAGGGAAAUACUGAAAGGAAUGGAAUGACUCUUGUUCAUGUAAACCAGUACUCAGAAUGAUGUGACUGAAUUUUAAAGUCCCCCUCUCCUUUACCCUUAAUGAAGAUGAGUUUAGUGUCCCUCUUGGUCAUGUCUGACGAAUUGUCUUGUUAAGAAUGUAGGUGUUAUUUAUAGGGGAGCUGUUACCAACUGUGUAAACUUGAGGUGUCAGCCCUGGAUGGUUAUUCUUUAGUUUCCUUCAACCCUCAGAUGGUUCUGAGUAGAAAGAAUUCUUGUACUUAUAGUAUCUAGUUUUCUUAUUUCCCUUCUGUCCCAUCUCAUCUGUAUUUCAACUGUCCCUUGUAGCCCCAAAGAGCAAGCCAGCUGAGCAGAGGGUGGAUAGGAUGGGGCAUUAAUAGGGAUUUUCCAUAUCCUUGUAUUCAGUUCAACUAGUACAGUAUUACACACCCUGUGGCUGCUAAAUACUUGACUAAUAAGCAGAAGACAUUUACUGUGUUACUAUUUACUGGGAACAGAGUCCACCAGUGCCAAUAGCCUGAUUAAAGAUAAAUUAUCUUUACCAGGUUGGUGGGGUUGCCAAUAUGCAUUCAGUAUUUUAAAAAAAGAUACAUGGGAUAUGGAACACUUAAGAACAAGUCUGUUUACUGCUGCUUAUCAAAUAGUAUUAACUGUACAAGUGAGCAUAAUACUGUUGUGGGCCAGAUAUAAAAUGAGGUAAACAGAUUUGGGCCAUAUCCUCUGGGAUCCUACAGUCUAAAAGUAGGUAACUUUGACACAGACAUCAGAUAAUCCUCAAAUGCACAUAUGUAGUAUGUGGCAGAUACAAAACCAUUUAGGACAUAAAACUAGAAAGUUAAGUAUUUACGAGUUUGGUGCAUUGCAAUGCAGUGUCAGGAAAGGUGCUGGGAAAUACCGAUUCCAUUUAGUAAGUUAACAGAUAGUCUUUUGAAGGGAAUAGGAGAGGGAAAAAAUUCUCAAAGUGGAAGUGGCCCACAAAAAGGUAGAGUUUUGUGACUGGAAAAGGUCUAAAAACUGGGAAGCAGAGUGUUUAGUAUGGCUAGAGAAAAGGAAAUUAGUUGGACUGUGGGGAGGUAAGAGAUGAUUCAGUUGUCAGGGGGUACUAAGAACCAGAGUAUAGUAAAUUUGACACCAUUGAAGGGCUUUUAAAACUGUGUAGUAGAAGAAAAGAAAUGACCUUAAAUGAGACUUGAAGGUGUGCCAGAGGCAAAGAAGCCAGAGGUGCAAUAAUCGAUUAUCUGGCAUAUCACUGGGGAUAUAGGACAGCUUCCAGUAUAGAGUAAGAAUGAUCUUAUUUGGAAAGCCAAGAAAUCAGGAGAUAAGAGUUGAUUCUAAGAUACCUUAGUGGGUAGGAGAGGAUACCUGACCAAUACUAGUUAAGAAGGGAGUUAGAUAUUAUAGGGGGCUGAGGGUGGUAGAGAGUGUUUACUGAAAAGAUGAGCAGCUGUCUUCCUCACACUUGGUAUUAAGAUAAUACAUUCAAAAUUAAUUGUCGCAUAGUUGGAAUCAGAAAAUUGGCUAGCAGGUGAGGUAGACUGUUGUAGAGUUGGUAGAUGAAGAUGUUAUGUGAUUUAGAAGGUUUUGAUGGAGGAGGAAUACUGGGAUACCAGAACACACUUCUAUUAGGCCCUCCCAGAUGUUGAAUAAGCAGUAAAUGGUAUAAGAAAACCAGUCUAAAACUGCCUUAAAGCCAAGCUCUGUGAUGGUGUAGAGUGUGUGAUCAAUAAUAUUUUAAGUUUACUAUCUUUAGCAUAUUCAUGUGUAGUCUGGUGGAAAGAUUACGGGAAUGGGGUAUAGAAAAGACAUGAAUUUUAGUCUCUACUGUCUUACAUGUAAGUCAAACUGCCUCAUUUCCCCAAUUUGUAAACGGAAUCAUGUUUACACCUUAAGCUGCCUCUCAGGGAUGCCAUGUGAAUAAAUGAGAUGAUGUCUAUAACAUGCCUGCAGUUCUUCAAAUAGAAGUGCUAAAGAAA